CACACCGAGGAAUAUCAACAAAUCAUGAAGACUUGAGACGUCGGGCGACACUUCAUAUCGAAAUAAUAGAACUCUGUAGUUCUGUUAACACGUGUCAGUUGUGGCUUUAGGAAUGGGAACAUUAGCAAAUAUGAUACCUAUAUUUUCAGCAUUAUAAGUGGACAUUUUGUGUAACAACAUGAAAAAAGCACCAGAUAACGGCGUCAUUUUGGACAGAGUUGAAAAAAAAGGAAAAGGCAAAUUUAUUUAACAUCGUUGUGUAUUUAGCCUAAUUCUGACCUAUUCUAAGGGCCAGUUGUAUUAAAAAGGGAAAACAUGGCUUUCGCGUCUCGAAAAUUGAGCAGCAAAUUCAGAAGAGAAACCGAUGAAAAUUGCAGAUUGACAUUCCAAAGAGAUCUACAGGUGACAGGUGCUUUUAUUAACAGACUUGGGUUGGACCAUGAACUACAGGGUCACCAAGGAUGUGUAAACUGCCUUGAAUGGAACGACAAAGGAUCAUUACUGGCGAGUGGGUCUGAUGAUGUACAGGUGAUAAUCUGGGAUCCAUUCCUCCACAAACCGCUAUCCACCAUUCGCACAGGGCACCAGGGAAACAUCUUCUCUGUAAAGUUCCUGCCAAGUUCUCAUGAUUCUGUGAUAGUGACUGGGGCAGCAGACUGUAAGAUUCGUGUACAUGACAUAAACACACAAGAGACAACCCAGGUGUUUUCUUCCCAUGCAGGGCGGGUAAAACGUCUCGCUGUGGCACCAAACGUCCCUUUUAUGUUUUGGAGUGCUGCAGAAGAUGGAACCAUUAUGCAACAUGACUUGAGGACACCAGAGAAAAGCAGUGGUAACGGCAAUCCUCAGAAUGUACUUAUUAACCUCAAUGCUCACAUGGCAGGGAGUGCGGAGGCCAAGUGUAUCGCAGUGAACCCUCUGCGGCCUGACCUUCUGGCCGUUGGAGCCAACGACCCUUACGUCCGCCUGUAUGACCGUAGAAUGCUAAGCUGUAGGAGCAUGAAGCUGCCAGCCGAAUCUAGUACCAGAUUACCAUGGGAGAUGUUGGACAACACUGCGAACAACCCACCAGAAGAUUUUACCCUGCCUCAGGGCUGUGUCAAGUAUUAUAUAGCAGGACAUUUGCCCCAGAAGCAGUUAGAUUAUAAGAAGCGAUACAGAACUUUGGCUGCCACCUACGUGACCUUCAGCCCUGAUGGGCGCGAGCUCCUGGUGAAUCUAGGUGGAGAACAGAUCUACCUGUUUGAUAUCAAUAACAACAGGACAGCAGAAAAGUUUGACACAUCAAUGGUUCUAGCUGCCAAUGGACUUGUUAAAGAAGCAGCCUGUUCCCAUAGCAAUGGAUUUAGCUUGCACAAAAAUGGAACGACCAAUGGUGUGAGUAAUGGGCUGCACACGGCCACAGGGGCAGCAGCUGCAGCCAUGAUGAGGGCUGAGAUGGAAGUGGAGGAGAAACAGCAGGACAUACACAGUGGGAAGAGACACAGAAUGGAGGGAAAGACUCUGCCUACAUUUGUUGAGGCUUUGAAGAAACGUGCAAAUACUUUUUUUGAGAAGGAACAGUAUUCCAAGGCCAUCAUUGCCUACAACGAAGCGAUUGCUCGUGUGUCCUACGCCUCAGUGUUAUAUGGCAACAGGGCAGCUGCCUUCAUGAAGAGGAAAUGGGAUGGUGACCUGUAUGCAGCCUUAAGAGACUGCCACAGUGCCCUGAACCUCGACCCAAACCACCUCAAAGCCCACUUUCGCCUCGCCCGGUGUCUGUAUGAACUCUCCUGGCCGCAGGAGGCCCAUGAUUGUCUCCAACAUUUCAAACACAAAUUUCCAGACUAUGCAAAGAGCCACGCCUGUGAGGCACUCGACCGGGACAUCAAGGCAGCUUUAUACUCAGGGACGUGUACUACAGAUGAGAAGGAAGAUGGCGCUUCCUCCGAUUCCUCUAAAUCACCCAUAAAGAAGGCAAUGACACCAAUGUCUGACCAGGAGAAGUAUUGGCGGGAGGAGGCGUACGAUUACCAGUCACGCUUCUGUGGUCACUGUAACACAACAACAGACAUCAAGGAAGCAAACUUCUUUGGCAGUAACGGCCAGUACAUUGUCGCCGGUUCAGAUGAUGGCUCAUUCUUUAUCUGGGAGAAGCGUACCGCCAACAUUGUGCGAGUUUUAAGGGGAGAUGAAUCUAUAGUGAACUGUUUACAGCCCCAUCCCACAUGUUGUCUGUUAGCCACCAGUGGUAUAGAUCCUGUUGUGAGACUGUGGAGUCCUAGGGCAGAGGAUGGGACAAAAAAUGACAGAGAGGUUAACAACUCAGAUGAUGCAGCUUUGGCCAAUCAAAAAAGGAUGAAUGCUGACCCUCUGGAAGUGAUGUUGAUGAACAUGGGGUACCGAAUAACUGGGGUGUUUGACGUGGACGAGGAAGAGGGGGGACAAAGGAACGAUCAGGCUGUUCAGUGUCGACCUAGCUGAAAAAUAAACACCGCUAAAGUGAUAGUAUAAAAAAACUUGAUUGAAAGUCAUUCUAUUAGAACCUGAUCAGGGUCGAUUAAAGUCAUUCUUUUAGAACCUGAUCA